CUCCUGAAGUGGAAGGUGGUGAUAAUCAAGAAGUAAAUAACUUAAAGCUGCUGAGUGGUAUAGCAAACUGUCUCACCAAUGAAUCAUUUCCAGCGACUUACCAUCAAAAAGGGGAUGGUGCUGCUCUUAUGGGUGCUCCACCCAGAGAAAAUAAUUCUGCCACACCUCAUUUAUCUGCUGGUGAAACUAGCCUUUGUUUAUCAACAGUUCAAGCAGAAAACAACGAUGUAGCAAUUUCUUUGCACAGAGGAACAGAACUCUCUGGGAAACACCUUUGGGUUGAAGAACUCAUUUCAUCCGUGGUUGCAGAAGCAUCCGAAGAUAUAAAGUCUAGCGUUCAAAGCUCUAUUCCCUCAUUUUUUUCAUCUGCAUAUCACAACAGAGAUCACUUGAUUUCCUGUCCAUCUAGACAACAUAUGACUAACCAAACAAAUGAUGCCACUAUGGACGCAGAGUCCGCAUUACAGCCACUGCUUUUCAGUAGAACUUUUCCAUGCAAUAUGGACGAAUUGGUGCUUAAAGUAAGAGUUCAGAAUCCUAAAGAAUAUGACUUCAUUGAAAUUGAACUGGACAGAAAACAACUGAAUUACCAGGAUCUGCUCAAAGUGUGUUGCUGUGAGCUGGGAAUUAAUUCUGAACAAGUGGAAAAGAUUAGAAAGUUACCUAAUACAUUAUUGAGAAAGGAUGAAGAUGUGGCCAGGCUUCAGAAUUUUCAAGAGCUGGAGUUAGUUUUAGCGAGAAGCAUCACGUCUUCUCUCAGAAAUGCUGCAGUAACAACUCUGGUAGAAAAAACUUGCUACAACAUCAAAGCAGCCAACCUUAUAUAUUGA